AUGCUCGCACACAGCGUCUCGGUAAUCAUAACCAGCUGCAGAGGCGGCUGCCAGCUUCGCGACGCAGUCGAGUCUGUUUUGGUGUGGCAGACGCUGCGCGUGCUCGAGCUCAUCCUUGUGCUUGACGACCUCAACUGCAACACGAGUGAAGCGCUGGCUGUGCUGCCUCGGGGUGACCCGCGGCUCAGAGUCGUGCGAACAAGCAACUCGAGUAGCGCAUUGCAGGUGUAUGCGCUCGGGCAGCGCCAGCGCAUGGGUGUUACAGCCAACGCGGGGAUCGACAAAGUCAGCCCCAGAGCACAAUGGGUAGCAUUCCUGGACGACGACGACAUCUGGUUGCCUCAGAAGCUGCAGCUUUACGCGAAGCACUGA